AAUUCUGUCAAAUUUAUGGAUGAUUUUUGAGAGGUUUAUCGGAUUAGACGUUAGCCUUUUCAUGUAUGCAUGCACUUAAAUGUAGUUCUCUGGAUUUUCCCUCACUUUAUAUAUUUAUUUUCAUUCUCUCUCUAUGUAUUAUAACUUUGGAUUUUUUUCUGCUUUAUUUCUUAUAAACUCAGUGGCCACUAGAUUAAUUAUGACAAUACAAAGCAAUCGCAACUUAAAAAAGUUGCCACUAUAAAAGAUUAAUCUGAUAUAAAAGCAAAGUGAAAUCAUGUAUUUACCUUACCAUCACAUCCCUGUCUAAGUUAUAUAUGAAAAUAUAUUGAUAUAAUACAUUUAUAUACACACACACACGCAGCACUUAUGUGUUGUUUACAUAUGUACAUUCGAAAUUAUUUUCAGAAGUUCAGAGUUGGAAUAGGGAUGUGCAUUUGUUCAAUUUUUCAUUUUUUAUUUUUUACUUAUUAUUGUCAUAUUUGCAUUUUCACUUAUUCCUGUUAUGCUUGAAUAUGUGUUAACAAUUUUAACUAAUAUUACUUCAGCAAAGACCAAAUUAUAGCGGAAACAAGAAAGGGUUAUUAUAAAAUUUGGCUACAAACUAUAAUUGGAAAAAAGUCUGAAAAGAUAAUAGAUAUAUGCGAGGAAGUCAAAAAAUUUGUCAGACCCAAGUGUUCAAAGUGCAGGGAGUUCAAUUGAUCGUCGAAUCUGAGUUGGAUUGAUCGAAACUCGCUCAUUUCAGAGUAGGUUUCAAAAUUUUAACACCCUAAGCUUUUUAGCCUCGUAAGUCUAUAUAAGCAAUCCUAUGUUUUCAGAAAACACCACCAACCAUGCUGAAGCAUAGAGAGGCAUACUUUAAGCAAUGCUAGUCUUCUAAUAUAUAUUGCGCUAUGUUUUACAAAAACUCAAACCUAGAUAUAUACUACUAAUUCUCAUCUGUUUUGCCUUUUUUUUUUUUUUUUGCCAUUUUAUUUCUGAAAUAAACGAAAUGAUGUUUUUUUUUUAAUUACAUUUUUGGUAGAGUUGAUGAAAAUUGGAAGUGUCGACUAAAGAUCAUGAAUCACAAUAGGAAGAGGACGCGAGCUCAGUGUACCAGCCCCGAACAGGUUCAUAAUUUAUUGACCCCUCAAUCAAAAGCUCAAUUAUCACGGAAUGGAAUAUUCACAUCUUCCUAUCUGCCCGAGUGUGGACAAACACAAUCACUCCAUUCACUGCCCCAGGAAUCCUUGUUCCAACUGCAGAAUUCGAACACGAGCCUUGGCUCAAAUAAGCUUUUGACUGAUAGUUUACGCCACCAGAAUCAACAGAGCCCAUUUAAUGAACCAUCUUCGUUUGGUACCAAUCUACAUGUGUCAUCUUCAACAAGCUCAGAGACAAAUCAGCAACAUGGAAAUCAACACUUCCUCUCACAUGUCCCGGCAUAUGACCAGUCCACUUCUGUGGCUAAUUCUUCAAAAAAUCCAUUAAUUGUGGGUGGAGAUGUGAUUGAUAGUUGCGACACAGAAAUUUCAAAAGACUCGACGAAGAAAUUUCAUAAUUUAUUGACCCCUCAAUCAAAAGCUCAAUUAUCACGGAAUGGAAUAUUUACAUCUUCCUAUCUGCCCCAGUGUGGACAAACACAAUCACUCCAUUCACUCCCCCAGGAAUCCUUGUUCCAACUGCAGAAUUUGAACACGAGCCUUGGCUCAAAUAAGCUUUUGACUGAUAGUUUACACCACCAGAAUCAACAGAGCCCAUUUAAUGGAUCAUCUUCGUUUGGUACCAAUCUACAUAUGUCAUCUUCAACGAGCUCUGAGACUAAUCAGCAACAUGGAAAUCAACACUUCCUCUCACAUGUCCCGGCAUAUGACCAGUCCACUUCUGUGGCUAAUUCUUCAAAAAAUCCAUUAAUUGUGGAUGGAGAUGUGAUUGAUAGUUGCGACAGAGAAAUUUCAGAAGACUCAACGAAGAAAAUUCAUAAUUUAUUGACCCCUCGAUCAAAAGCUCAAUUAUCACGGAAUGGAAUAUUUACAUCUUCCUAUCUGCCCCAGUGUGGACAAACACAAUCACUCCAUUCACUCCCCCAGGAAUCCUUGUUCCAACUGCAGAAUUCGAACACGAGCCUUGGCUCAAAUAAGCUUUUGACUGACAGUUUACACCACCAGAAUCAACAGAGCCCAUUUAAUGGAUCUUCUUCGUUUGGUACCAAUCUACAUGUGUCAUCUUCAACAAGCUCUGAGACUAAUCAGCAACUUGGAAAUCCACACUUCCUCUCACAUGUCCCGGCAUAUGACCAUUCCACUUCUGUGGCUAAUUCUUCAAAAAAUCCAUUAAUUGUGGGUGGAGAUGUGAUUGAUAGUUGCGACACAGAAAUUUCAGAAGACUCAACGAAGAAGUUCCUAGAUUUAGCACGAGAAAGUUCUGUUGGUAGGUUUGAUGGGUUGAGUUAUGAGGAGGACAGCUUGACAUUGAUAGCUGAACUGGAUUUAGAGUACUUGUCUGAAGUGCUCGACAUAGACAUAUCCGAGAAUGGGGAAAAUCCCAGUGUUGAAGAGAUUUACAAAGCACCACAAGUUGCAUCAAACCCCACUGUUGGAUUUGAAUGCAAUGAGAAUCAUGGUUCUUCAGUUGCACAGCCGUGUAAUGGAAUUAAUCCAACGGACUGCCUUCCAGAUGUUGCAGCUACAAAUAAGCAAAGAUUAAGGUGGACGACCGAGCUUCAUGACCUUUUCUUAGAUGCAGUCGAAAAACUGGAUGGCCCUGAGAGUAAGGCAACUCCUAAGACUAUAUGGAUGCUUAUGAAUGUUAAGGGUUUGACCAUCGACCACGUGAAGAGUCAUUUGCAGAAAUAUCGACUUCUCAAGAGCUUGGAAGAGCUAAAACAUGACAAGACAGACAGCAGCUCUAAGGAAGAUAAGCCAGCUUCAACGAGCAAUAACAGUGGUGCACCGGCACAUCCGGGAAGGUUAAGCAGCUCUGAGGAAGAUAAGCCAGCUUCAACCAGCAAUAACAGUGUUGCAUCAGCACAACCGGAAAGCAGUGGCAUGCUAGUCACAGAGGCUCUGCGUUUGCAAAUUGCACUUCAGAAACAGCUACAUGAACAUCUGAAGGGGCAAAAGGAGAUUCAGUUACGCAUGGAGAAGAAUGGUGAAUACUUGAGAAAGAUGUUGGAAGAACAUAAAACUGGCAGCACCUUGUUCCCCGUCCAUGGCCUACCGUUGUUGACAGACACCAAUUCAGAAUCUGAACUGCAGUCUCUCUCUGUAUCAAAUGAUGCCUCACCAGACACCAGAACAAGCUGAGCCUAAAACAGAUGGCUCGGAAGCUUCUAAUAUUGCUGAAUCUGAGCGAUCAAGAUGUCACAAACGAGUUCGCUGUGACAGCCCAGAAAAUAAUUUCACUCAGACAUAGCUUAGAAUCUGAGUGUUUAAAAACCAUACCAGAAACCAGAACUCAUUAUGCUUGAAAACUUUCAAUUGUUUUCUGUUCUUCUAUUUUCUUUUCUUUACUCAGAAAUUCUUUCGUGGGUACAGUGCAAUUUUGUCAAUUUAUUUUUUCAUGCAUAUCCAGUAUAAUUUAGAAGCAAAAUGGACUCAAAAUAAACCCCAUCAGGUUCCAGUCUACUAGCAACUUUCCUCCCACUUUUCUGAAACCCCAAACACAGCUUUUAGAAUGAACCAUCCCAACUCUCACCAUCAUCUUUCUUCAUUAAAUUUAUUUCUGACCCAACCCAUGCACAUAGUGAUAAUGAACCAUCCCAAUGAAUCAACCAUCCUUAACAUAGUGCUAUCACAUUUUUCAUUAUAAUUUAUUUUAUUUUAUUUAUUUAUUUUUAAUUUCAGUCUGAAACUCUCAAGUUACUUUCGACAGUGGUUCUUAAUUUUAGUA